AGGGCGGUGAUAUGGGCUGAUAAAGCGAUAAUGAUUUACUCAGUGCGGUGCACUACUGUGGCAGCCAAAGAAUCUGAGGAAAACACAAUAACCAACCAAGCAUUUUGCUUUACUUUUACGUAACACUAGAGACCGUUUACUGUCGCAGACAAGGACUUCGCUGAAAUGCUGUGUGGACGUACAACGACCGUUUUUUAUCUACAAAGGAUUCAAUUUGUAAAACAAGUCUUUUAAAUGUUGGAACGAACUAAAGAAAACAUGAGUGAAUUGAGGAGAAACGCUAUAAGGAGGAAGUCUAAGCCGAAGAAGACAGGAGGGUCGGCGGAGGAAUGCCCGGAAUCCUCAGAUAAAGCUGGCAACCCCAGCUGCUUUCCCUCCAAACAAUCUGAUGAAGAGGAACCUUGUGUUGGGGUGAAAAUCGCUCAGAACAAAGCUGUUGGCAGAAGCAGUCCUGAUGAGCAAGGUCGUCCAAAUGAGAAGUUGAAUCGUGGAUGCAGAUUCAGCAAUAAGAGCCAAACUGGAGUAAAUGGAAGAGUUUCAGACCUACGGCCACCACUGCAUCCCAAACCACAAGUGCCUCCUAAGCCAGCACACCUUCAGAGUCCGGUGACGGAAGUCUCCUUUCCUCUGGGUGCUGGAACGUUACUCAUCAUACCCAGCAUGGAGGGGGGAGGAGUAGGAGGAGUAGGAGGGAAGGGCCGAGUGUCCAACCUCAUCAGUCGCUUUGAGGUGAACAGUCACACAGACAGUCGGAGGGAGGGCGCUCCUCUGAAGCAGGUCAGCAGAUCUCCUAACUCCAGUCCACCUCAUAAGAACUACCAGAGACCGGCGGAGCAGCCCACAGACUCCGGCGCGAACAGCCCACGUCAUGCUCUCAAACCCCCCAAUGGGGUUCUAACACAAAUGAACAGAGACCGGGACAGAGAGCGGGACAUGGAUGGAGUUACGCACGACACAGUUCCGGUCGUGAGGAUAGAAACGCAGGGACUGCUGAAUGGAGAUGCUGCCAAUAUGGCGAAGAGGGCAAUAAUGGACGAGGACUGUGUAGAUCUGCCUCAUGCUCGCAUAGACCAGACCGAAGAGCCGGAGAGGAAAGCUCCUGAGCAGCGGGACGUGGUGAUGAACAGCAUCCCUGAGCAGAAGGAAACCAACGAGCAGAAGCUCUACAAGAUAGCAAAUGAACUUCUGCAGACAGAGAAGGCCUAUGUUACACGACUUAACUUAUUAGAUAAGGUGUUUUAUGCCAAGCUGAUAGAAGAGGCACGAAAAGACACAUUCCCCGUGGAUGUGGUGAUGAAAAUCUUUUCCAACAUCUCUUCCAUUAAUGCCUUCCACAGCCAGUUCCUUCUGCCUGACUUGGAAAAACGCAUGGGAGAAUGGACGUCAACACCUCGCAUUGGGGACAUCCUACAGAAGCUCACUCCCUUCCUGAAGAUGUAUGCUGAGUAUGUGAGGAACUUUGAUCAUGCCAUGGAUCUGGUGAAGCAAUGGACAGAGCGAUCACCUCCAUUUAAAGCUAUCAUUCUGGAAAUCCAGAGUCAAGAAGUGUGUGGCAGUCUGACGCUGCAGAAUCACAUGUUGGAGCCUGUUCAGAGAGUGCCACGAUACGAGAUGCUGCUCAAAGACUAUCUGAAGAAACUUCCACAGGAUCACAUAGACCGGCGGGAUGCUGAAAAGUCUUUAGAGAUUAUUUCCAUGGCUGCCACGCAUUCCAACACUGCCAUUAAGAAAACAGAAAACCUUAAGAAAUUGUUAGAAAUUUAUGAGAUGUUGGGAGAAGAAGAGGACAUUGUGAACCCCUCGAAUGAGUUAAUAAAGGAGGGUCAUAUUCUAAAACUGGCGGCCAGAAAUACCUCAGCCAUGGACAGAUAUCUCUUCCUGUUCAACAACAUGCUUCUGUACUGCGUUCCCAAGUUCAGCUUGGUGGGACAGAAGUUUACAGUGCGCACACGUAUUGGCAUUGAAGGUAUGAAGGUGAUGGAGACGUUCAAUGAGGAUUAUCCUCACACCUUUCAGGUUUCCGGAAAGGAACGUACACUGGAGCUGCAGGCCAGCUCUGAACAGGAUAAAAAAAGCUGGAUAAAGGCAUUCCAGGAAACGAUACACAUCUCCCUCCAGAAAAAUGAGACCUUUAAGUCAGCAUGCAAAGAUGUGGAGGAAACAUCGGAACUUAAGAUAUCGGAGCUGGGUAAAAGAGCCCCUCGCUGGAUCCGAGACAACGAGGUGACCAUGUGCAUGAAGUGCAAAGAGGCCUUUUAUGCUCUCACACGCAGGAGACAUCACUGUCGGGCCUGUGGAUACGUGGUCUGCUCGAAGUGCUCAGACUACAAAGCCCCUCUGGAAUAUGAUGGGAAUAAGAUGAACAAGGUGUGCAAAGACUGUUACUGCAUCCUGACAGGCCAUAUAGAGAGUGAGGAGAGGGAGGGCAAGAAGAAGGGAAUUCUAGAGUUACGGAAGAAAAUACGACGUGCUCGAACUGUUGUGGUGGAUUCGGCAGCGAUUGAAGCUGCUCAGUUCUCAGGAAGCAGUAUCAUGUGUGGCUUCCUACAGUACUGUGAGAAGAACAAGCCCUGGCAGAAAGUCUGGUGUGUCAUUCCUCAGAAAGAAGCUUUAGUUCUCUACUUGUACGGAGCACCUCAGGACGUCAAGGCCCAGUCCACAAUUCCUCUGCUCGGCUACCAGGUGGAGGACAGCCCGAGACCCACCGACCCUCCCACAAGCUUCAGACUAUCUCAGUCUAAAUCAGUCCACAGCUUUGUCGCAGAAAGCGAGGAACUGAAACAGCGCUGGCUCAAAGUGAUCCGUAUGGCGGUGACGGGAGAGGAACCAGAAUCGCCUGAAGAAAGCCAUUCUACGGAAAUCACCCAAGAACCAAGCUCUAACGGUGUCUGAGCAAAGAGAGCAAACUUUUCUUAAAGACUUCUCUACUGGUGUGGCGAUGCAAUUAGUAAGAAAAGUGUUGACGCUCCUGCUUGCGUUGCACAGACUUGCUGCGCCAUCAUUAUUGGACGGUCUGAGCUACAGCAUUUGUCCAGUUGUCCUAAAGUUCCAUUUGGAUUUGAACACAUCUAGGAUAUGGGGGUUAAAAAGACAUGGACAUCAGCUUGACCCUUAGGGCUACUGGACAGAUUUGAAGUUCAUGCAAAUGGAGCACAUGUGAAGAGUACAUGGAGGAACUAAGAGCUAUUCCACCACCUUACUACAGCUGAUGCACUGUUUCAAGUCGAAUGUAAAUAUUGUACUGUAACAAUUGGACAAAAUAUUGAACAUUUUCAUGUAUGUAGUAGGCUAUAUUGAGGCAAAAAUCCAGAUUUGUGGAUGCCAUUGUAAAAGGACACAAGUCCUUUUCAAAAAGUCAAGAUUGCAAUCUACUAAAUUGCAUUCAGUUGCAGAACGCGGUGAAUGCAAUAGACACUCCUGUAUGGCCAUCGUUACUUUGCCACAACAUGUGUUGACAUCUUUGUUGAUUCUAGGGUUGCAGCGGUAUAGGCUAUAGUUUCACGAUAUAUAGUUAUAUUAAAUUUGACAAGUACCAUACCGUUUAUAUUUAAUGGACGGUAUUGAAAAAAAAUUAACCGCACUGAGAAUCUCAUCUGCGCACGUGACACACACCUAGCUAGAUGCUGAGGAAAAUAUUGUGAGGCUGAAUAAAUCUUCACUAAAUUUGUAGCGCGGCUCCUAUUCAUUAAGUAUACUUUG